UCACUCUAACCUCAGGGUCAAUCUCUCCUUCCUCCUCUCUACUUAUAUUUCAUCUCUCUCAGCUGAAGCUCCCACCUUUGUCCUGAGGUAUAGUCCAGUAGCGAAGUGGAAGAAGAAAUCAAAUCAGACCAGAGACGAAAACCAAGCCAAAUUUCAAAAACCCUCCAAAAAACAAAAAAAAAAAACAGAAGAUUUCAUGGCAAAUUCUUCAUCUAUUUCAAUCCUGUUAUUUGCUCUGUCUCUGCUGACAGCUCUGGUGUUCUCCAGCACUGUGGUUUCCGCAAGUGGUGGGGACCAUUACGAUGCGGCCCAGAUGGGGUGGAUGAUGAUGCCCGGGAUGGCGAGAUCUGGGUUGGUCGGGGAAGACGACGGGGUGGAGUUCGAGCUGGACUCUGAAUCCAACCGGCGCAUCUUAGCCACCACCCGCUACAUCAGCUACGGUGCGCUCCAGAAGAACAGUGUCCCCUGCUCCCGCCGCGGUCAGUCUUACUACAACUGCCGCCCUGGUGCUCCAGCUAACCCCUACUCUCGUGGCUGCAGUGCCAUCACGCGCUGCAGGAGUUAAAAUUUUAGUACUAGUAUUCAUCUUGCAAUAUCUUUUUAUUUUCCUUUUUCUUUUUCUUUUGUGGGUAAAUUAAUCCAUUUUUUUUCUCUUGUGAUUGAUUAUACACUGAUGAGAGAGGGGAGGGAGAGAGAGAGAGAGAGAGAGGGAGACAGUGGUAUAAAAGAAUUUGGUGAUGGGUGUUGAUUUGUGUAUGUUGAAGAAAAUAUUGUUAAUUUAGGAUUUUUUUUUCUAAAUA